AUGAGCCACUCCCGUAGAGGCUAUGGACACUCGCAUCAUGAUAUGGUUGAGGUUGAUUUCGCUGCUUUCUCCCUCGGAAGGAUCGUCCCAUUCAGAGAUCUGGACACAGUGCAAGGAAGGCUAGAAUCGUUCCAGCUCAAGUGGAGGAUCUCGCCAUCUACAUCAGCUUCCUUCCCCAAGGAACGUCUCUAUCCCCUGUCAGAGAAGGAUCUUGCUGAAGCUGGCUUCUACUACUGCCCAGAUGCCGAGCAUGUCGACCGCUGCGUGUGCUUCAGCUGCAACAGAGCUCUGUACAGCUGGGACAAGCAUGAUAACCCAAUGUAUGAGCAUUGCCGUUGCAACGCAGAGUGUCCGUUCGUCAAGGCCAUCGCAGACGACAACCUCAAUGAAAGCUUCAGCAGCCUUGACGAUGCGCUGCAGAGGGAGAUGGACGUGAAGGGCAAAGACAGGAAAGGAGGGAACGAAGGGCCUGCGGUGGAAGCAAAAGAUGCAGGCAUGUUACCAGAGGACGCGCUGAUUGACCAUCUUCUCAUCUGCAUCCACGGAGUUGCUGUGAAGGAGAACGUGCAGAACGAGUACCUGCAGACGAUGAGGAAGAACAGCGAACAGAUGGCGAGGAAACACCUUGAGGAGAGGCCGAUGACGAUGGCCGUGGAUGUGAUAGACUGGCACAGGAUCGUUCCAAGGGUUCCGAAGGAGAUCUUGUCGCAGAUCAUGCUCGGCACUGUCCGCGCUCUGCGUGACAUGGCAUGCGAGUCAACAUACGACACUCUCUACUACACCAGCCCACUGUACAAGUACAAAAUCUUGGAUGCGGUGGCCAACCUUUUGAAUAUUAAGUACAAGGAGUAUGUGGCCAAGUAUCCCAAGUUUAGCGGGAAAGUUUCUCUCUUCUGCCACUCCCUCGGUUCGCUCAUCGCCUUCGACCUCCUAGCCAAUCAGGUGGAGCAGACCGAGCAGGAGGGGGAGGGGGGAGACUUCCAGGGCCAAGGAGGAGAGGGGCUCGGAGAGGAGUGCGGAGCGGGUGACCUUGAGGAGUCGUGGCGUUGGCCGAAGCUGGACUUCAAGGUUGACAACCUGUUUGCGGUGGGUUCGCCGAUCGCCAUGUUCCUGACUGUCAGGGGGGACAUCCUAUCGGAGUCAUGGCCCAAAGGAGCCACUGAGUUCUCUCUGCCAGGAGGAGCGAAAUUCUUCAACAUCUUCCAUCCUACGGAUCCUAUCGCCUACAGGUUUGAGCCGCUGCUAGACGAAGAAUACGGCAAGUUCCCUCCCGCCGCCUUGCCAGCAAGAUCCUUGUCCAUGCGGGAACAGCCGUUCUUGGAUCAGGCACAGGAGACAGCUACUCGCAAUACGUCUCAUCCUUGA